CUGUGAUCGCGGCGAGGCGCGAGCGCGAGGUGCCCGCAAACGUGGAAGGGAUAACAUGGCUACCGCCUGGUGACGUUCCGCUCGGCCGUCGUGGGUAUUACUGGGUAUAUCAGAUGCUCCGGGAAACAUCUGGUGAACGUUCUCGGCGACGUGCUGCAGAUAGCGAUCCCGUCGAGAGGAGUACCGCGCGUCGAGGGUGACGAUCGUAUAACGCGAGAUAGGCAGUGACAACGCAAACAUGAUGAACAUGUGGAAAGUGCGGGAGCUGAUGGACAAGGCGACGAAUGUCGUGAUGAAUUAUACGGAAACGGAGGCCAAAGUUCGGGAGGCAACUAACGACGACGCGUGGGGUCCCACAGGGGCAAUGAUGCAAGAACUGGCUCAGGCCACAUUCACGUACGAGCAAUUUCCAGAGGUAAUGUCCAUGCUCUGGAAAAGGAUGUUGCAAGAGAAUAAACGAAAUUGGCGACGAACGUACAAGUCAUUGCUCCUCCUUAAUUACUUAGUUCGUAACGGCUCGGAACGGGUCGUCACAUCGUCACGCGAGCACAUCUACGACCUCAGGUCUUUAGAAAAUUACACCUAUAUCGACGAGUUCGGGAAAGAUCAAGGAAUAAACAUUAGACACAAAGUUAGGGAAUUAAUCGACUUCAUCCAGGACGACGAUAAACUCAGGGAUGAAAGGAAGAAGGCUAAGAAGAAUAAAGACAAGUAUGUUGGCUUAUCGAGCGAAGCGAUGGGAAUGAGGUUUGGCGGUGGGGACAGAUGGAUGGACAGUCCCAAGUGGAAUAAAUCUGGUGCAGAGACGUAUAACGACUGGGAUUCCAAUCGUGGAAAAGGAUUUGAGGAUGCAAAUAACAGCGAUGAUGGCGAAAGAGAAGACUCGGACAAUGAAACUAGCCCAAAGAAAGGUGGAAGAGAGUAUAGAGAUACGUUGGAAAAUAUAAAUCAAAUUGGUAAAACUGCUCAAACAUCAAUACCUUCUACAAAUGCAUCUCCGGCACGGACGGCAAGGACUAUCAAGAAAGUAGAUCUUGGAGCGGCAGCAAAUUAUGGAAAAGAGCAAUCUAAUAAUAGCACACCAGUACAACAAAAAAAUAGUUUAUCAUCGCCGAAAAAUCAACAGAAGACCAAAAAUGACAUAUUAAACGACAUUUUUGAAUCGCAGAGUGAUAAUAGUAGACUAGACGAUGACGAUUUUAAUCCCCGAGCGAAUACUCAAUCGCUUGCUCAACCGCCGCAAAAUGCGAAUGCAGAUUUUGGCGAUUUUACUAGCGCGUUUAAUAAUCCCGCGACGGUUAAGACGAAAGACAGCAACGACGAGUUUGCCGAUUUUACGUCUGCCUUUAAUAAUGUCGCUGUAUCUAAUCCUCCAAGCCAGCCGCAGUCGCAAAUCAAUCUGAUGGGCGUAGCAAUACCGACUGUGAAUAAUCCAGCAGCAAAUAAUAUGAAUAAUAGUAACGCAAUGUACGCCAAUACAAUGCAAACGGCAGGCACAACAGCGUUCACCGAAACCCCCGUUAUUCAAAAGACGUCUAACGAUCUAUUUGAUUCUUUAUCAUCGCAAGGUCCCAAUAAUCAAGUCACAAAUAAUAAUACAGUGACAUCAAAUACGGAUCUUUUGUCGGACUUGGACAGUUUGAAUGCCCCAGCCAUGAGGCCUGACGGGCGAAUAAACAGCUCUAAUAAUUCGAACAUUUUUAUGGGGAUGAACAACGCACCUACCAGUACCGUCAAUUACGCAGCCUGUAAAUACGAAGAGAACGUCGCGUCGAUCGAGAAUCUCUCCAAUAAUGCCGCCAAUCUAUUAUUGGAAGUAUUGUGCACUAUAUGCGAUAUUAAAAGUUGCGCUGAUUUGGAAAGAAUAAGAUCGUCCGUUUCGAACUACAUCAGAUUUUUACCGGGGCCUGUUACACCUCAAAAGUACAGUGGUCUCGAUUGCGAUGCGAAAGUGGAUGCCAUAUUGUACGGAAGAAUUUUGGAGGAAAUAAUUGGUAAAUUCGAUCGUGAUUGGCCGCUAAAUGAGGAUGGCCUGGAUCCCUUGAUCGAAAAAUUGAUAAUCGUCGAUGGUGCAACGGUCUUCAUGUUAUCGGAAGCUUUAAGAGCUUUAACUAACGCAUUAAAUGAGUCUAAGGAUGAGAAGAAAACUCAUGUUAUUUCAACGUUAUUGAGUAGCCUAUUAAAGAGUGACAUGAUAUUUUCGGGGAUAUUGGACGCGUGUAGAGCGCGUUCUCAUAUGCAGGAGGAAGAACUCGAUCAGACUUGGCGAAGUACGACACAAAUGUUGAUCUCCUUGCCCAGUCGUGUAUCAAAUAAACUGCAGUUCGACACGCCUAAAUCUUACACGCCGCAGGUUUACGUGAAAACGCUCUGUUUUCACAUAUCUUGCGCGAUAUCGUUUAUCAAUGAGUUAUGCAAAUAUGAUAUUAAGCCGAAAACAUCCGCACUCUCAUUUUUACUCAGCAAGGUCGUAAUUAACUUGAAGCCGUGUGAUUUUACGUGUUUCGCCGAUAUUUUAGAAGAGUGGUGUCUCGAAAGCAAAAAGAAUGAACUAGUCGAAGAUAUAUUUCGCGGAUUGGAUUCGGUCGCCAUUGAAUACGUAGCUGUUCUGUUCUUAAAGCGUUGCGAUUCUGAACUCGGUGUGCGUCCUAUUUUCGGAAAUUUAUUGACAGAACCGAAUUGGAGAUAUAUUUUAACAACUAAAAUUCCUUUAAUGCGUUAUUACGAGGACGAAAAGCUGGUCGUGAACUUGAUUUCCUAUUUGUCAUGUUUCUCGAACGAAAAUAAUAAUCCUUUAUCAGAAUUACUAAUAAAGCUUUUAGAAAUUUGGAGGGAUAAAAGUAUUUUGAAUCAUGCGUCUUUAGAACAGCACAAAUACAUUACGAAGCUGAUUAUUCUGUGUGUAAAAAGUUGUAAAGAUCUUUUAAGUAAUACCGAAAGAGAUCAGUGCCAGAAACUGUUGCUUUCCGGAGUAUCUGUCCAUCUCGAGUGCACAAAUAUAACUUUAAGAGCGAUGGGCAUGAUGGUUGCCGAGAUUUGCACGAAUUCUUUGUGUAAUAUUGAUAAAGCACCGAAAUUAAAGUUUGACUACGAUAACAUGCCUGCGCAAGUGUUAGAAUUGCUUCAAUAUCUGAAGAAUCUGAAUACGUCUGCAACGGCUGUAAAUGUGAAAGAACAAUACGAGCGAAGCGGCGACUUAAUAACCGGAAAUAUUGUCUUCGAUUCUCUAAGUAGCAGAAAGAUCUACGAAUUGGGCGUGGACUGCGGUAUUUUACCCGGCGUUGAAAAUCUGUCGAACGAGAGAACUGAAGAGAGCACACACUUGUCGAAAAAUGGCGCGAUAAGAAAUGAUCUAACGAAGAAGGAUGAAAUGAAGCAACAGGCGAAGCCAAAAUGCAACGACGGUUCAGAUCUAGACAGCGACGAUGACUUGGUUCCUUACGAUAUGAACGAUGACAAACCGUCCAGUAAGACACGCCCGACGUACCUGCGAGACUUGCGCGAUAAUUUAACGGAUGAACGUACUUUCUCCAAUCCCGAAAUUUUCUCCGAAUCCAUGCUGGUCUGCGAAGAACUAAUAUUAACACAACUGCCGAACGACGAUGUGUCCUUCGCGUUAGAACUUCUGCGGCUUCUCGUCACGCUAAAGCAACAUUCUUAUAUGGAGAACUUUGAACUGGUGAUUUUCAAAUGUUGCGUAGCGAUUGUAACUGUGCGCCCGAAGGAAUGCGCCGAAUUUCUCUGUAAAGAGUUUUACGAGGACGUUGGCAGGUAUUCACUGAGUCAUCGCUUAUUGUUCCUGGAUAUAUUAGCCGAGUCUGCCAAGCAGUUAUCAAAAAUCGAUGUCGAUGACGCGGAUAGCGCCGACGUUACCGUAGAUACGGCGAUUAAGAAGAAACGAAUUCCAAGCCGAAUAUCACUUUUUAUCGAUACGCAAGAAAAUAAAAAACAACAAGUGUGGUCGAACGAGGACUUCGACAUUGAUUUACAAGCGUCGGAAAAUCAAUCUGCGGAUUGGCAAGAAAUUGUCGAUAAAAGAAUCGCGUCGCGUACGAGACGAUUUGCGCAUAAUUCCAAGUCUCCCAAGUUACGCAUUAAUCACUUUGGAAAUGUAGCGUCUUCAUUUUUCUAUCCGCUUUUGCACGGCUUUGGCCGUCGAGAUGUUCUCAAGCUGAGCGGCUUGAAAAUUUACGCGGAUCAGGAAAAUAUCUUAUUGCUACGUUUCCUGAAAACACUGUCUGCCAUAAUGUUAGCGGCGCAAAAUUGUCCGCUGGCAUCGAAGAUGGGCAAAGAAAUAUUGGAGCUUUUGUGGACGGUGAGGAAUCACGAUGAAGCGACAGUGAGAUUAGCCGUUACGGAAAAUAUCGGAUCCGUACUUAUUGCGGUGCCGAAAGAUGCCAUCAUCGACGAAUUGUCUGAGCCUUUGAUGGAAAUAAGAGAAUGGCUUCUGUUGUCGCAAAAUGUCGUCAAUGGCGAACACGACGCAAAUUGCAGGGCUUUAAACGCGAAAGUGCUAUCCUUCGUCAAUUUGAUUGUAACCUCCGCUUUUAAUUCUGUGUAGCUUAAUCGAGAGACUUUCAAUUUUUACAAUAUUAUUGGAAAGAACUUUUUAUUCUUACAGUAUUGUAAUCAUUUAUGUGAAGAUUAUGUAUGUACAUUUUCUCGUAGAACAUAUUUUGUUGAGUUAAUUUUUCUAUUUGCGAAAAUUAUAAACUACAAAAUGGAUUAUGUAAUAUAAUUUAUAUACAAAGAAGUUUUGUUAUUGUAAUUUUUAAUUGAUGUUUAAACCAUACAGAAUUCGUACAUUAGCAAUAGCAAUAUGUUAAUUAGCAAUAACGAUCUUGCUAACGACGUUGAAAACAAUUUUACAUAGGUCAACAUAUGUAACAUAUUUAUAUGACAUUAUACAACAUAAAAGAUCGCUUUGUAAUACAAUGCUUUUAUUUAUAGUACUUUGUAGAGAGUACGCAUUGUUUAAUUAAUUUAAAUAUUAUAAAAUAAUUGAACAAUAUGUA